AUGGAGACCGAAGGCUAUCGAGACCUCCUGGAGACCAGUGACGGUCAGGGGGUAGGCCUGCUGGAUGGAGGGGGAGAGGUGGGUGUGGAGGAGGGCUGGAGCACACCCUACCCUCUGGGAUUCCAGGUGUCUUUGACCACUGUGCUCAUGCUGGAGCUUGUGUUGGGCUUCAGCAGCAACCUGACCGUACUUGUGCUCUACUGUGCUCAGUCCAACCUGGUGGAUUCAGUCAGCAACCUGGUAACAGUCAACCUCCAUGUGCUUGACAUCCUGGUCUGUGUGCUGUGUCUGCCACUGACUGUGGCUGUGAUCCUGCUACCAUCUAAUGAAAGUGGAGUGGGCAGUCUGGCGACACUCUGCUGCUUUCAUGAGGCCUGUGUCACAUUCACCAGUGUGGCCACAGCAGUAAAUGUGUUAGUAAUCAGUUUGGACCGAUACGACAUCUCAGUGCGGCCAGCCAGUCGCCUGCUGACCCCCAGGCGUGCUGCACUGCUCCUGGCAGCGGUGUGGGCUGUGUCUCUAGCUGUUUUCUUCCUGCCCUUCCUCGAGGGGGACUUCUUCUCUUCGAGGGCUGAGGAUAGUGAGGAUGAGGAGCCAGAAAGGCAGAACAAUGACUCUGAGCACACCACUGGAGUGACCCCUGUUUUUUCCACCCUCUCACCAUCCUUAUUACCCUCCACUCACCCCUCUUCCCCUUCACACCACAUGCCUCCAGGAUGGCAAAACAGGACACUGCUGUGUGUUGGAGGGCAGGGGUAUUACACGGGCCUGGCUAUGUAUUACCACUUGUUACUCCAAGUGCCCUGCUUCUUCAUUGCUGUGGCAGUCAUGUUGUUCACCUACUCCAGGAUCCUACAGGCCCUCAACAUCCGAAUUGGCUCUCACAUGAUGAGGAGUACACGUGCAAAGGACUCCACCUGCAGAAUACGCUGCUUGAGGCAAAGGAAGAAGGACCUGAGUCUGCCCACAGAGGUAGUGUCCUCCAACCAGAAUCAGAACCUCAACCAUCCUCCCCUCAUCCCCUCCCCCACCCCUACACCAACAUCACCCCCACCGCUCUCAUCAAUGCCCCAAGGGAUGUCUGACAGUGGCGCAACAGUCACCACUGUCAGUACUGCUGCCACCACUCCCAUUGCCACCACACCAGCUACCCCUGCUUCUCCAACUCCACCCACGGCCUCAGCUCAGACCCACGCCAACACACCUCUGCCUGCCUCCUCCAUGGGUGUCCAGGCCUCGGUUUCAGCCAUCAUCGCCUUGAGGCGAGCAGUGCGCAGGCACAGGGACCGUCGGGAACGUCAGCGCCGCGUACUAAAAAUGUCCCUAAUCAUCAUAUCCACGUUCCUGGGCUGCUGGGCCCCUCUGUCUGCCGUCAAUGUUCUGAUCCUGUGUAUGGGUCCCAGUGACGGCUUGGUCCGGCUCCGUCUGUGCUUCUUGGCGAUGGCUUAUGGAACCACUAUCUUUCAUCCUCUGCUCUACGCUUUCACCAGACAAAAACUGCGCCGUGCCCUCAAAACACGUGUUAAGAAAAGGGUUGUGUCGCUUCUGCAGGUCGACCCAUCCCCCAGUGGGGGGACAGUUAUUCAUAACUCUUGGGUGGAGGGAGGAGGUCAGAGAAAGAGUCGCAAGCCAAGGGUGGAGGCCAGUGAUGGCACUGAUCGAUGCCUCACAGAGGCAGUAAGGGAAUGA